GCAACUGAAUGUGCUGCACCAGGCCGCCUCAUGUUUCAGUCGCUACGAUAUUUGAAAUAUCGCGAUACAUGUAUAUUUGUAAUUUGGUUUCAAGUAGAACAUAAGUCGGUUUCAAGAACUAAAAGCCAGUCUGGCGCUGAGUACGGGCAGGCACAAAGUGUGUUGAGCAGGAAACGAAGACUAUUCGAACUCAGAGACUCACCUGGAACCCAGCUGAAUCUCGCGGUUUUGAUGUUUCCAGGCCACCGAAAAAUACCAACUGAACAGUUGCAGACUAUUAGUGGACAGGGGAGUAAAAUUAUCACAUGCAACUUUUUUUUACAAAAACUGAAUAUCCAUCUCCUUCUUGAACGCGUCUUCCUGAACUUCUCUGAACUGUCACUCAAAUGCAAGCAAAUGCUACAGAGCGACUCCACAAAUUCUUACUUUUCAAGAGACGUAAACUGGAUUUACGAGGAAACAUACUACUCGCAUGCCCCCCAUCAGCAGUAUCGCCAUUACAAUGGCAACGUCAACGGGGUGCACACCGGUGCGUCUUCUCUGACUAAAACUGCAGAUGACUCUCGCAUGUGUGUUUGUCUAUUCCUAAUCAAUCUACGUAGUGGGUAG